AUGUCUCAACUGAUUAAUCCAAAUCCCGAGGUUUAUGCUCCUUCAUCGAUUACACGUGAUGCAAGUUUGGAGAAUGAAAAAGAUGAGGAUUUUACUGAUGAAUUUGAUGCUCUUGAAGUCUAUGAUUUGAUCCGAAAUAUUAAUGAUCCAGAGCAUCCACUCUCUUUGGAACAAUUAAAAGUCACCCAACACGAUCUUAUUCAUGUUGAUAACAAGAAUUCAACCAUUUUAAUCUAUUUUACACCAACAAUCACACAUUGUUCGAUGGCCACACUUAUCGGACUGAGUAUACGAGUAAAAUUAUUAAGAAGUUUACCAAAAAGAUUCAAAGUCGAUAUCAAAAUCACUCCCGGAACACACCAAUCGGAAGAUCAGGUGAACAAACAAUUGAAUGAUAAGGAGAGAGUUGCAGCUGCUCUGGAAAAUGAGCGAUUGUUGUCCGUUGUCAAUAGAUGCAUUGCCAACUCGUAA